AUGUUCGACGAGCAAUGUCAGCCCGGCAAAGACGCAUACUCCCAUCCAGGGCAAAGCGGGCCCUUCAGCCAUGGCAUCAACGGCUGGUGUGCCCACAUCCUGACAGUCCGCGAACGCGCCAUGAUGCGUCUCAUGGACGCCAUCACGGAUAAGCCGAACUGGCAGGUCAAGAUCUUUGACGACGACAUCACCAGCAAGUGGUUCGCCGAGGCCAGCGCCAUCGACGAGCUCAUCAGCCAAAAGGCCUGGGACUGGUGUGUCGAAGAGCUCCGCGACAAGGCGGCCGCGUUCGAGGCCACCGGUGCGGUUCUGGUCUACGACACGGCCAGCCGAUGCGUCAAGGGCGACAACGUUGUCAGCGCCGAACUCACGGACGAGCUGAAAGCCGGGGUUGCGCCGCUGCUGAACGUCCCCGAGAAGCAGAAGGACUAUCACCCCGGCUCCAACGACCAGGUUCUGAACCUAGUCCACCCUUCUCUCUUUGCGCUACGCUACGGCAUCACUCGAGUCCUGAGCCAGGGGGGUCGGGUUGAUCUGAAUGAUCUCCUCGCCUCGACCGGCCUCGGCGAAGUGGCCCCUAUCGUUGGCGCCGAUCGCAACAUUGACGGCAGGUUCUGGUCUAGCUUUUUCCAGUGGCUGCCCAGCGAGGUUGAGUUCAAGGGCGACACUGGGACAGACGUCCAGAUCACGUCCUACAUCAACAACCUCCACCCGGAGAAGCAUAAAGACUUGUACCAUACCAUCGAGAAGCUCAUUGGUCUUUCCGUGCCCUUGUUCAAUCAAGCUCUCGUCCGGAGUCACAGCGGCCGCGCUCCGCCGCGGAUCCUCACGUACGGCGCCAGCACGGAGCCCGAAUUCCCGGAUUGGGCGGAAUACACGAAUCUGGAGGCCCGAUCGGUCAACGACGCGGCAUUUCCCGAGCUCUGGGAACGCGUGAAGGCCUAUCUCUCGCAGCCAGAUCGUGCCGACUUUGAAAGGGAUCCCGACGAGAUUGACGAAGAUGACUCGGACGAGGAAGUCAACUGGCCGGCAAAUCCAGAAACGGUGCCAGGCACUCUUCUCCUGGCGCGGCUGAAGGCGAUCGUCGAGGAUGACAGUCAUGCGAGUCGCAACGGAUACCAGUUCAAGUCAGCCAUCUCAGAGGCCCUCACGGCCAAGUGGAAACGCAUCCGCCACUUCCCUCACCCCGAGCCUGGCACGAGCACCACGUAUGAGCAGUGGAAGCAGGGCUCCAAAAAGCCAAUCAUCAACUCGAGCAACAUUGAGGUGACGACCACCGAUACGGAGGAAACCGAGUUCACAAAGCAAAAGCCUUACGAUGUCGCUAUUGAGAAGGAGUUCAGAGACAGAGGCCUGCAGGUCAUUGUUAAGCUGUCUUCCAUCGAGCUAACCCCCGAAAAGCCCAACUACGCCGGCGGCAGCUGGCACGUCGAGGGCAUGAAGAAUGAGCACAUUGUAGCGACGGCCAUUUACUACUACGACGUCGAGAACGUUACCGAGUCCCGACUGUCGUUCCGCCAAGAGGUGGAAAGCGAAGAUAGCGCCAUGGACUUCUCCUAUGAGCAGGGCGAAUUUGAGGGCCUCGAGAAAAUCUUUGGCGUGGAAAGCUUUGACUCGUCGGCGGCGGUCCAAGAGCUCGGCAGCGUCUCGACACGCCAGGGCCGCAUGCUCGUGUUCCCCAACACGCUGCAGCAUGCCGUUGGCUCUUUCGGGUUGGUGGACCGCACCAAGCCGGGGCAUCGCAGGUUCAUCGUGCUGUGGCUCGUGGAUCCUAACGACCGCAUCUGCUCGACAAGGAACGUGCCGCCCCAGCAGCACGAUUGGUGGGCCGAGAAGAGACUGGCCGAGUACAACUUUAGGGGCCUCCCCCAGGAGAUUGUCAAUAUGGUUGGCGAGGAAGUUUCAGACUACCCGAUGAGUCUCAAGAAGGCAAAGGAGCUCCGUUUGGAUCUGAUGAAAGAGAGGACGCGCAUGGUAGAGGCGGUAGAGAACCAAUUUGGUUCUUUCAAUCUCUGCGAGCAUUGA